AAACUCAUGCACACACUCUCUCAGACACCGAGACGUGAGUCAUAAAAGAACAGCCAAAUGUCAAAGAAAAGGAGAGGGGAAGGAAAUGUGUGCAAAACAGGGCUGGCAAAACAUGAGCAAAGGCUGAUCGGGAGGGGAUUAGAAUCAGGAGCAGCCAAUGUGCGGCUCUGCAUCUUGAGGAAAAGAGGGGGAGAGAGAUAGGAUGUGGGAGAGAGACAGGGGGUGAGGCUGAGGCACUCCGACAGCAAAAGCUCUCAGUCUGAUCUGGUGAGCUGCUCCUCUCAUAGAUGUCUCUGUCCAUUCCUUCGACUAACCUGGGGUGUGUGAGUGUGACAACUGAGCCUCAACCCUUCCUGAGGAUCUGCUGGGGCUGUAGCAGAAGCCGACUGGCUCGUUUCCUUGCUCGUGCUGUCGGAGCAGAGGGGGAAUUGACUGGAGCUGAGGUGUAGCCUAAGGUGGUGCUGCUUGUCGGGCCGUUUUUGCUUGGCCCCAUAGAGGAGAAAACAUGAGUGUUCCUAUGCUUAAGAUAGGGGCAGUGCUCAGCACCAUGGCCAUGGUAACCAACUGGAUGUCCCAGACUCUCCCAUCUCUGGUGGGACUCAAUGGGACCACCAUCUCCAGAGGAGGCACCUCAGAGAGGAUUGUCAGCGCUCUUUACCCGAGCCCAGAAGAAGGCUGGCAGAUCUACAGUUCAGCACAGGACGCAGAUGGGAAGUGUAUCUGCACCGUGGUCGCACCAGCCCAGAACAUGUGUAACCGCGACCCACGCAGCAGACAGCUUCGCCAGCUCAUGGAGAAGGUUCAGAACAUCAGCCAGUCAAUGGAGGUGCUGGACCUGCGGACCUACAGAGAUCUGGAGUACGUGAAGAACACCGAGGGCCUGAUGAAAGUGGUGGACGGGAAGCUGAAAGUGGCCUCUGACAACCCUCGCAGCCUCAACCCAAAGGGCUUCCAGGAGUUAAAGGAUAAAGUGACCCAGCUGCUUCCCCUCCUGCCAGUUUUGGAACAGUACAAAAAUGAUGCCAAGAUGAUCCUCCGCCUCCGAGAGGAGGUGAGGAACCUUUCCUUAGUGCUCAUGGCCAUCCAGGAGGAGAUGGGGGCCUACGACUACGAGGAGCUGCGCCAGAGAGUCCUGCUGCUGGAGACCAGACUCCACUCCUGCAUGCAGAAACUAGGCUGCGGGAAGCUCACAGGCGUCAGUAAUCCCAUCACUGUGCGUGCAUCGGGCUCGAGGUUCGGCUGUUGGAUGACGGAUACCAUGAUACCCAGCUCCGACAACAGAGUGUGGUACGUUGAUGGCUACUUCAAGGGGCGCCGCGUUCUGGAAUACCGCACGAUGAGCGAUUUUGUGAAAGGCCAGAACUUUGUGCAGCACUCGCUCCAACACCCUUGGGCUGGUACUGGCCAUGUGGUCUACAACGGCUCCCUGUACUACAACAAGUACCAGAGCAACAUAAUCGUCAAAUACCACUUCCGCUCUCGAAGCGUCCUGGUGCAGCGCAGUCUGAGCGGUGCCGGAUAUAACAACACCUUCCCUUACUCCUGGGGCGGCUACUCCGACAUCGACCUGAUGGCGGAUGAGAACGGGCUUUGGGCUGUUUACACCACCAUACCAAAUGCUGGGAACAUUGUCAUUAGUCGCCUUGAGCCCCAGACCCUGGAGGUCCUUCAGACUUGGGACACUGGUUACCCAAAGCGCAGUGCCGGAGAGUCUUUUAUGAUCUGCGGCACGCUCUACGUCACCAACUCUCAUCUUGCUGGUGCUAAGAUCUACUUUGCCUAUUACACUAACACAUCAAGCUACGAGUACACAGACAUCCCAUUCCACAAUCAGUACUCCCACAUCUCCAUGAUGGACUAUAACCCCAGGGAAAGGAUGCUUUAUACCUGGAACAACGGACACCAGGUGCUUUACCACGUCACACUCUUCCAGGUUAUUAAGACAUCUGGGGACUGAGGGUCCAAAGCGCCGACCCAAACAAGCUGUGAUAAAUGUUCAUGAGAGACAAACGGGGCUGGGUGGAGGGGGUUGUAGAAUAUAUGGGCUGGGGGCUUCAAAGUACAGAUGUAGGCUUGGGUUUUUUAAAAGAAUUUCAAUCUUCAUAGAGUGCUAUUAUUCACAUUCUCAAAACACUCCGACUGUGGGUCGCUAAAGACACAAAGACUGAGCGCAUCUUUUUUUCUGUCUGUGAUGAGUAAGCAUGUGUUAUUUUUUUUAUUUUUGAUGACAAAUAAACAUCUUAUUUACCAUUUA